AAGAUAAAGUUGGCAAUACAGGUGAAGUGAAAAGCGAUGUCGUUUCUAUGGAUCCGGCAGCAAUGAAUAAAUUUGAAAAAACAUACGGCAACACUAAAGUUGUGCAAGUAGUUUCAAAACAACUUUAUGAAAAAGUGAGAGAAAAUCUUCUACCGUACCACUGGAACCUGUUUCUUUUUUGGUGGAAACUUAUGGCCAUCUUCGUUUUUGCAUAUUUCGUGCUUACGUUGGUUGAAAUUCUUCAAGAAAAUGAUACUUUGCCUACAGUUAAUAUAUUGACCACAUUUUGUGUGGGUGCGUUCCCACAUCUUAUGAACAUGCUGGUGGCCAAACAUAGCGAGGAGCAGGAAAACGCUUGGAAAGAAGAGCUGAAAGUGCGGGUAAAACGUUUGGUAUAUAAACUUUCAGCCGAUGAUAACAUAACAUCUGUAUUACUAGUACAAGGACAAAACAAUGGUUCACAA